UGCAUGAACGCAGCGCUAGUCCGAUUCCUUAUGGGUCUCCAUUGUGUUGGAAGUAAAAAAACAAUUCUCUCUCUCUCUCUCUCUCUCACUCGAGAAUUGACACACUGACAGACAUCUCUCUCAUUUCCCCAAAGAGUUGUGUGAACGCUCUCUCGCUCAUUUUCCCAAGCAGCAGCAGCAGCAGCAGCAGCAGUAGCAGUAGUAGGAGCAGCAGCAGUCCGGUUCCUCCCAUUGCUCCAUUCCGCUUCUUCCUCGCUGCAGGGACUGCUUGUUGCUCUGUCAGCCCCAGCGAACAAGUGCCCCGGCCCCAAACUCUCACGUUGCGAAGUGCCUGUGAAAGUGUGAUUGACCCCCUGCGAAACAACAUGGCAGACUACCGGGACGACACCGGAGCUCGGGCCCUGCUCGCCUUGCAAUCGGCGCCGUGCAGCCCCGUGCGAGUGGCGGUCACCUCGCACGUCUUCCACCACCAGCCGUCGCUUGCCUUCCUCAGUCCGCCGCUGACGCAGGCCACCGCUGCUGGGAUGCGCCCCGCGUGCCUCGAAACUCCUCUCCCCCAGGCCUUGGCCAGACUCGAGGGCCGGGACUUUGAGUUUGUCAUGCGCCAGAGGACGGUCACCAUCGGCCGCAACUCGUCCCACGGCUCCGUGGACAUCAACAUGGGCCAUUCGAGCUUCAUCUCGCGGCGGCACCUGCAGCUCUGCUACGACGAGGCGAGCGGCUUCUCGCUGCGCUGUCUGGGCAAGAACGGCGUGUUCGUUGACGGCGUGUUCCAGCGGAGAGGAGCGCCGCCGCUGCUACUUCCCCGACAGUGCGUGUUCCGCUUUCCCAGCACCGUCAUCAAGAUCCAGUUUGCGUCGCUGCUUAGCCACGAGGAAGAGCGGGAGAAGGAGCUACCCUCGCCGCCCAUGCGCCCGCUUUUGCCUCACAUCUCCCCGCUCAAGAUCAGCAUCCCCACCGCGCAGCAGCACGAAGAGCACAUGAGAGCCUUCGGCUCGCCGCUGCCGUCGCCGACCGGCACCCUCAGCGUUCCCAAUUCGUGCCCGGCGAGCCCUCGCGGCGCCGGGUCGUCGGGCUACCGCUACGGCCGCAACGUGACCAGCGACCUGCAGCUGGCGGCCGACUACGCCGCCAAGGCCGUGUCGGAGCAGAGGCGCAACGUGGCCGAUCAGCGCGGCGCGACCGGAGAGUCGGCCGGCGGCGACAGCCCCAAGGACGAGUCCAAACCGCCGUACUCGUACGCUCAGCUGAUCGUGCAGGCCAUCUCGUCGGCGCCCGACAAGCAGCUGACGCUCAGCGGCAUCUACGCUCACAUCACCAAACACUACCCUUACUAUCGCACCGCAGACAAGGGCUGGCAGAACUCCAUCCGCCACAACCUGUCGCUGAACCGCUACUUCCUGAAAGUGGCGCGCUCGCAGGACGAGCCGGGCAAGGGCAGCUUCUGGCGCGUGGACUCCAGCUCGGAGGGCAAGCUGGUGGAGCAGGCCUUCCGCAAGCGCAGGCAGAGGGGCGUGGCCUGCUUCCGGACCCCCUUCGGACCCCUCUCGUCCCGGAGCGCCCCGGCCUCGCCCACCCACCUUCUGUCGCCUCUGUCCAGCGGGCUGCAGACCCCCGAAUGCAUGAGCAGGGAGGGGUCCCCCGUGCCCACGGAUCACCACGAGCAGCUGGCGCACAAGCUGGCCGCCGUGCCCGAAUAUCGAUACUCGCAGAGCGCGCCGGGGUCUCCGGUCAGCGCUCAGCCAGUGAUCAUGGCGGCGCCCCCCCACCCGAGCGCCACCCUGGGCAAGGCCCUGGCCCUCAUCCCGGGGGGCGGCGGCCAGAUCCACCUGGUCCAGAACCCGACGCCGUCCUCCGUCACCAUGCUGCGCGUGGUCACCGGCGCCCCUCCCAACGGCUACUGCGCCACCGAGCUCAGAGAGGCGCAGCCUCAGCGAGAGCUGGUGAUCCAGUCGCUGGACAGCGCCGGGCACGGAGCCGACCCGCGCAAGGUGGCGCUGGGGUUGCAUCAUCUUCCCGUGCACCCGGUCAUGCAGAACGGGAAGCACGCCAAUACCGCAGUCGCCGUGGCGACCGGCCUCGCCACGGCAACCGGCCUCGCCGCUUUCACUUCAAGUCUAAGCAGUCCUCUCCAAAUUCUGGCGGCUCAGGCCUCCAGCUCACCUCCCGUGAUGCUGAGUCGUCCGCUUUCCACCGAGCCGGCAGGCACGCGCGACGAACCCCUGGCCAAGCGGUCCAAGAUGGAAGACAGCGAGGGAUCGGCUCCCGCCGGCGCCCAACAGCCCGUUAUCGUCGCCGUGAUGACGGAAAGCUACGAGCCCAGGAAAUGAAAAGAAAACACCUGAAGGGAGUUUUGUCACAAAAUUAUUUAACUCCAAAAAAUGGAAGCAAACACUACUCGAGGACUUUGAUGGAUGAAGAAAUGGGCUUACUGAGUAGCCAAGAAGACGAUGACAUUGUUACAAGCUUGGCCAAAUUGCAGCAAUGGUCAGUAAUGGCGAAAUCCAAACAAUGUUGCCCAAACCUGAAACAAAUGCAUUAUUUCAUUGAGCUUUUACAAGAAAAAAAGACACUUAUUACCCUUUAAAAAUAACAAAAAAAACACUGUCAUUUUUAUUUUAACCUUUACUGCUUUUUAGAAUGUUAGAGCAGCAUUAGCCGCGCUAACAUCGCAACUAGAAGCUAUUUUUUCUCAAGAGUUUGUGUAAAAAAAUUAAAAAAAAAAAAGCAUUAUUGAUACAUUCUAGAGAUGAUUGUUUUUAUAAAUGUCCCACAGUUGUGAUUACCAAGAAUGUCGUACCACAAAAUUAAAGCCACAUUGACUUGAA